UCCCGUAUAACGGAACGUCAGUUCGCCGGCCGGGACGAAAACCCUAGCCAGGGGUAGGAACGAGGCUGCCUUAACUCAGUCGAGUGCGCGUAGUCGACGCGCACGCACGCGCGCCGCGGCCCUGCUACCUCACAGACACAACAAAAAACCACAAAAUCUUAACAAUCAACCAAAAGUGAAUAACAAUAGUUCUGUAGUGUAUCAAUAAGUGUUACUCAAUAACUAUAACAGUGAAACUCACAGUGACGGAGUAUUAAUCGCAGCAGAACAUCACGCAGCGUCCAACCAUAAUGAUAUAAAACAUUUUCAACGAUAAAUCGCUUGUUACUGUUUUAAUCGGUAAAACAAGCAAUGUGAACCACCACCAAUGGUAUCAAGUUUAAUGGUAUCACCAUGGCAACGCGACCGCGGCCGACGGCCCGUCACUUCCACAACCAGCCGGAGCUGCUGAGGAGCAGGGCUGGGCUCAUGCUGCGAUGGAUACUGGUCGUCUGGGUCGCAAGCUGCGGGCCGCUAGGAAAUACUGUCAAGCAAGAUGGCUGUGCGUUUCCGUCUCGGUGGCACGGGCGCUGGUUCCAGUCGGGCGUGAUCCAGCCGAUCCUCAUCGAAGGCGACCGCCUCUCCAACAAGGGCCGCUGUCUGUCCUCAGAAGGAGACAAGUUUCUUAUAGUUGAUGAAAAAGGCUGUUACCGUUGCGUCGUGAUGCACGAAAAACACAAAAACGUAUUGCAGUAUAAAGAAACAUUCUGCCACCGGAGGGACGCAUUACCGCACCUGUGUUCAUUGAUAACUGGUGACGCGCUCCUCUACUCCAUGUUCAGAGAAAACGCCGACCCCGUCGACUGCCCGCUCAAGGGACCUUUUUCUUUUACUUAUAAUAGGGGUCACGGCGACUGCAAGAGUCCGGUGUCAUCCAUCGAGAGCUGCACGGAGGACUCGAGGCUGCUGCUCAACUAUCAGGCGUGCCCUGAUGUCUACGGGUCUGAGAGCACCGUGGAAGAAUUAGAAUGCCUUGCAACGUGGAAGGAAGGCAGCCUUCGCUUCUUAGUGGGCAAGCUCCACCACAACCAUGCGACGAGCAACGAAGACCGAUAUCGAUGCUUCGUCUAUGAGAAGACAAAUGACUUAGUUCUCAACACACGUGUUACAGCAACUGGAACAGUGAAGGAGCAGCCGAUCCCGCCGGGCGGUAUAGAGUACCGCGUGGCCCAGUCGGGGGACGCUACCUGCAAUGGACUGUUCAGUGCCACCGAAGGCUCCAGAACCAUGGCGCUUAAACGAGUGUCAGUCCGCUUCAACUGCCAGUUCCCAUCGUGGAUGACGUUCUCCCACACGUGGCACACGCUGGACUUCACCAGCAACUACACGUUUUACCAGCGGAACGCCACACUGCGAAUCACGAACCAGACAGGAGCAGACAUCAAGGUGUACUGCGUUAAUGUGAAGGCGAGCUCUCCGAGCGGGAACUCGGUCGCUUUGGUUGCGCACUGGCAGCAUCAUUGCGUGUCCCGCUACGUGUGCGUGGUCCUGUACCGCCGCGACACGUACAUCGCGGAGCUGCAGCGCGGCGCGCCGACGUCCCGCCCGGACGACGCGUGCUCGCCGCAUCACUUCAAUGCCGUUACCGCGCCUUAUGUCACAUUAGUUGCAAGCAACCCCGAAUCAAAAGAGUGCCCUUACGCCGGCAAAUAUGAAAUACAGAAUCGGCGGAAAAGAGACACAAGUUCUAGCGAAGAUAAUAGGAGUAAAAGAGAGAAAGCUAUGUUGGAACAUAAUCGUAGGGUUAACGGGAGUAGAUUGUUCAAUUUUAGCGUAAGCAACAUGUCCAGUGCUCCGAUGUUGCGGAGUAGGAGGGAGUCGGAGGGGGAGGUCUCGUGUGUGGUGAACAGCUACAACAGGCUGGAGGUGGGCUGCAAUUCUGUCAAGAACAUGGAAUUCUACUCCACUUGUGAGAAUAGAGAAGUUAUGACAGCGUACACAUGCCACGGCGGCUGGUACGAGAACGGCGCGUCGUUCGUGGUGACGACGCCGGUGACGCGCGACAGCCUGGCGGCGCGCCGCUACUGCUUCGUGGCGCGCGACACGCGCCGCGCCGCGCUGGCCCUGGCGCGCUCCGCCACCAACUGCCAGCGCCCGCCCGCCGCACACGACCUGCUCUUCGACGCUACCAGCACCGGUGAAUGUCAAGACCAGACGAGCCACCAGGCGGCGCUGCGGAUAUCUCUAAGCUUUGUACUAUACCUCCCAGUAAUACACUACAUCAUACCGAGAUGAUUCCUAAUACAUUAUUAAAGUCAUUUCGGACCCCUCAUCCUUGUAAUUAUAGCUACGACAUAGACAGGCUUAGAAACUAUACUAUAGACAACAAACGUUCAGUUAACACACUUUGUAAACGUAUAUCAAUGCUAUUUUCCCGUUAUUCUUACUUUCAAUUAAAAAACUAUUGUAAAUCGUUUAAAAAUCGAUAAAUCGUAUAUCAUAGAUAGACUCAAUCGCCUAAACGUAAUAUUGCCACAUAAUAAAAUAGCUAAAUAACGUGAACCGUUAUUUGUAACUGUUAUUUCAUUCUAUUUAAAUGUACAAUUUUAGAUAUAAUAAAUUGACAUGAUAGGUGUCUUGAUUGCACAAAACUAUGCACUUAUUUCUUAAUUUCGUUUUGUUUUUUGAUCGUCGCCUCCAAGUGAAGAGUUUUCUGAAAUGUUUAAUUUGAUGGGUACAUAAAACAAGGUAACGUUGUGACUUGUUUAUUUCGCCAUUGUAAUUAAUCAUAUUUUUAUUUUAAUAGCGAUGCUAGUUGAAGUGGUGAACCUAUGCUUGGAGGCACAUCACUUUGGGUGUCUUGUGUAUAGAACUUGUACAAGGUAGUAAAAUGUUAUCCUUGGAUAUAUUUAAUAAAUGAGGAAUGUUGUUAAUUCUAAAUCAUAUCAAAUGAAACCCUGGCUGCAACCAUAGUAUCUCUUACCGUUGUAAAUUAAAUACUUUAAUGAAUACUCCUUCAGUGGUAGCUCAAUGUGUUUAGACUACAAUAAAAAGUCAUAAAACGCCCUAACGACGUCCCUAGUGCAGUGCAACGCGUUGCAUAACGUGUCCGCGAACUACCGUUUGACGCGAUAUAACGCGACCUUCAACCAAUGCUAAACGCGACAGCUAGUUUAUAUGCAGCUUUAUUAUAGCUCUCCAAUCUAUCUUUAACAUAAUUUGGAACAAUUAAGACUUGUAUUGUUUAGCCUCAUGUUAAAAAUAUCGAAUAUUCAAGGAUAACAUGUAAUAGUUGACAAAUGGUUGAUAGAUUUGAUGAGAAUGGUUGUGAAAUACUUCUUGUUGCAACAAUAUUUUAUAUAAAGAAACUUUCUCUGUUGUAUAUUUGAAUGUAAAACUAGCAUUUUAUUCUUUGUUUUCUUUACAUCUAGAAGGAAUGUAAAAUUCUUGGCGCGCAAAAGUUUGAUCUUAUCACUAUGAUUUUAUUUGCUAGUUGUUAGUGUUUACCGUUCAAUAUGUAAUACAUAAUAUACACAAACUAUACUCGAUAUCUUGCAUAUACAAUUUAAUUUUAAAAUGAUACAAAUUAGUAAGUUCCCUACAAAUAUGAAGCUUCGAAUUAUGUACAAAAUCAUUGUAAAAUGUUAUUGAGUAGCUAGAAUAAUUUAACUAUAUGUAAAUUACGUUACUUUUAUUUAAACUAAUAAUUUCUUACCUAGCAUUCUGUAUAUUUUGAUUAGUGUAAUCAUAAGUUUAUUAGUCUAAGCACAAUAUUUCGAAGGCCCCAUUGUUUUAGCGGUAGUAAUUAUUCUUACAACAUAUUUUUGAAAUUACCUUGCAUACCACAAGUCAUCAUGGCAACACACAAUUCGUUGUAUAGCAUGUUUCAACUGUAGUACCACAACUAUAUGUGCCGCUAAUAGUGGCGCUAGUAUCGCUGGUAUCACUUCAAAAGCUGUCGAUUUUAUUCGGGCAAAUUUAAGUUCCGAUUUUCGGCAACAGCAAAAAUAAUUUUGUCAAAUUUGUCUUACACUAUUUUUUGUACAACAUAGGCAUGUUGUAUGUCAGCUUAACGAUAUAAAUAUUUAAAAACAAAUAUUUUAAGUAAAUUUAAUUGAAAAUCUCGCCUCGGGACAUUUAAAAAAAAUGCCUGCAUAUUGUUUGUUUUUAAUUUUGCUUCAGAUCUUAUUAGCACAAAAAGAACACUUCUGACUAGAUUUAUUGAUUUUGUAGUUGCAAUCUGAAUUUUAUUAAAUACUUUGUAUUUUUCUAUCAAACCCAGCUAUUACGACUGCCCGCCCAAAUUAAACUCUAAUAACGUGUCUUACCUACCUUUUUACAUACCUUAUCAUUAAAAGUAACUACCUAAUCCCUUAACUAUUAUCAGAAGUGUAUCAUCUUCCAAAUAUUAAUGCUCAACUCGACUAGACUAGCAAAUUAUUUUCUAAUAAUUGAUGGGGUCUAAAUGAUUGUUACAAUGCACCAUAUAAUGGUUGCUUCACUAUCUUUGUAUCUACUAUUGUAUUUGUUACAACAUUUUUCACGAGAAAGCAAUGUUUUCUCAAAUCAAGCAAUACUACUAAAGGUAAGAUUAGAUAAGACUACAUUUAGAUAAGUAAAAAACGAAUACUCAUUUUGAGAUCAAUGUAAAAUUUAAUUAAGUUAUUAGAUAAUAAAAUCGCAACAGCAAUAAUAUAUUUGUAUUUAUAGCUAUUGAGCGUUAAAUUUUUAAUAGUUAGUAGACAGUUGUGAAUAAAGGAGCUAGCGUUGUUGUUUUAUAAAGUGACAGAGAGAUUAUUUCUUUGUGGAAGCUAACUCGAAGGGAAAUCAGUCUGGAUGUAAUAAAAUAUAGGUAAUUUUAUACUGAUUUUCUUAGAGGUAAUCAUCGUUAUGUUUCCAUUGUGUGAUAUAGGUACAUUGAAAUUAAUUAAGUAAGUAUAUAGUCGUCAGCAUGGAUUAAAAUAAACAGCGAAAUUGAU